AUGGCAGGCCCUAUAAGACAACCCAUAGACCUGGACAGUCUAGCCAGGUACAUUGACAAAACCGUUCCCGAGAUCAAAACCCCUCUCGAUGUCAAGCAGUUCGGCUACGGCCAAUCCAACCCAACCUACCUCCUCACCGACUCCACCGGCGCCAAAUAUGUCAUGCGCAAAAAACCCCCGGGCAAGCUCCUCUCCAAAACCGCCCACCAAGUCGACCGCGAAUACCGCAUCAUCGCCGCCCUCCAGAACACCGACGUCCCCGUCCCCCGCGCCCUCUGCCUCUGCCAAGAUGACUCCGUCGUCGGCACCGCCUUCUACAUCAUGUCCUUCCUGAACGGCCGCAUCUUCGCCGACCCGGCCAUCCCAGACGUGUCUCCAGAGCACCGCACGGCCAUGUGGAAGUCCGCCGUGACGACGCUGGCGAAAUUCCACCGCAUCCCGCCCCGGAGCGUGGGCAUGGAGGAUUUCGGGCGCCCGAAUAAUUUCUACAAUCGCCAGCUGAAGACGUUUGCGACCUUGUCCGUUGCGCAGGCGGAGACGAAGGAUAUCGAGACCGGGGUCAAGGUGGGCAAGAUCCCGCAUUACGAUGAUAUGGUGCGGUUCUUCUCGAAUCCGGAGACGCAGCCGAAGGAUCGGGGGACGUUCGUGCAUGGGGACUAUAAGAUUGACAAUAUGGUUUUCCAUCCGACAGAGCCGUAUGUCAUUGGGAUUCUGGACUGGGAGAUGGCGACGAUCGGGCAUCCGUUGUCGGAUAUCGUGAAUCUUACGGGUCCUUUCGCGGCGGCGAAUAACCCCCUAGCCGCUGCUGCUGGACGAGCAAACGAUGCUUUCAAAGACGGAGCCACACCUGGACUACCAACGAAACAGCAAUGUCUGGACUGGUACCACGAAGUCGUCGACUACAAGAUCACGCCGCAAGAAUUGACCUGGGGCGAGGCGUUUGGCAUGUAUCGGGGUGCGAUCAUCUGUCAGGGCAUCGCGGCUAGAUAUGCGGUGAGGCAGGCGAGUAGCGAGAAGGCGUCGGAGUACGGGAAGGCAAUGUACCCCUAUGGUGAGUUGGGGUGGGAGUUUGUGCAGGAUGUUAAGAGGCAGUAUGAGGCGGGCAAGGGGAGGUCGAAGUUAUGA